UACCACUUUCCCGUCAGUCAUCCGCUUUCUGUCCCAGCCAGCACACCCACCAGCUACACGCGCAACAACACCAUGUCAACCACGACCACCGCCGAUGUCACGCUCAUCACGGGCACCGCAGGACCAGGCGCAUUCGUUCCAUACACUGGCACAUUCGCUUUUUCCACUGGAGGAAGCACUACCUCCUUCGAAGCAGAGACAUUCAUUGGACAGAUUCUCAACAACGGCAACACGAACUGGGUCGCAGGACCUUCUAGCGAACCUUUCUACCUGUUGACAUCCUCUGCCGACGGCGCGACAGCAACCACUCUCGCAGACGGCAACACGUACUACUACACGCAAGGCCCUCGACCAGUGUUCCAACAGUUGGAAGGAGGAAGCAUUAGCUCUGAUGGUGGCGAAUCUGUGACAAGCAUCACCACCACUGCCGCAACGACCGGCUCAGACGUAACAGUCAUCACUGGCACAUCGACAAGCUCCGACUCGCACUCCCACUCAACUGGAACUGCCACUGAGAGCGCAGCCGCAGCAUCUAGCACUACCUCAGGAAAUGGCGCGUCUUCUGCAGGAGCGAAGCUCUCCGGUCUGUUCGCGGCAGGCUUGAUGGCGCUUGCCUACGUUUUGUGAUGGGCAUAGCAGACAAGGUAGCACUCAGCGAUUGCCUCACCAGACGUGAGCUCCAGAGUAUUGUUAUGGAGCACUAGACAAGCUCAAGGCGGGCUUCGCGCAAGAUUCGUCGGACCACAGCACGAUGAUGGCAUGCGAUCCGGUAUCGGGUGUCAGGCACAGCUUCAACAGACUGAGAAACGACUGUAUGUUCAAGAUGAGAGCAGGCCAUGAUACCACAGAAGUAAUUACUCGAUAUCCCUUUGCACAUUG